GUCCCCUUCCUUAUCAGCAGAAUAGAAAAAAAAGGGAUAAAGCGACCUUUUUGUUUUCCCUUUCUUAUUUUUUCGCCUUGCCCCCGCCUCCGCCGCACUCCCUCUUUCCAAGCGCUUGCGCCCUUACAUAUCAACACGAGAAAACCAAACCCCACGCUCGGGGCUUUUUCGUCCAUUCUACUUCAUCUCAACCCGUCAUCAUUUCACUUGUAAAUCCUUAAUUCUUCACUUGUCUUUCCUUGCGAGAUGCCCCCGCCAUCCAUUUCUCAGCAACUCGAAGUCUACACCAAAGGAACCGAGGCAUGGUUUCCCGACGAUCAAGAAGGUUGGGUAUCCGCGGCCGUCGUUUCAAACAAUGUAGAUGACACCCAUGUCAAGAUCGUAUUCCAGAAUGAACAAGACGGAUCAAAAGAAUAUGUCUUUGAAUCGACCAUGGCAGAGUUACAGAAAACAAAAGGAUCCAAUUUGCCUCCUUUAAGAAAUCCGCCAAAGAUGGAGAAUACCGACGAUUUAACUAAUCUAAGCUAUCUUAAUGAACCUUCAGUGCUUAAUACCAUCCGUACGCGUUAUUUGCAGCGUAAUAUUUAUACCUAUUCCGGCAUCGUGCUGAUUGCCACCAAUCCGUUUGCCCGCGUGUCGCUGUACGAACCGGAUAUCAUACAACAGUAUUCGGGCCGACGGCGCGGAGAACUGGAACCCCAUUUAUUCGCUAUUGCCGAAGAUGCUUACCGCUGCAUGGUACGCGAACAGUCCAAUCAAACGAUUGUCGUAUCCGGAGAGAGUGGUGCGGGUAAAACUGUCAGUGCAAAAUACAUUAUGCGUUACUUUGCCACGGCCGAUGAUAAGGAAGCAGCAGGCAAACAGGCCAAAAAUACUGCCGGAAGCAUGACCGAAGUAGAAGAACAAAUUUUGGCCACCAAUCCGAUCAUGGAAGCGUUUGGUAACGCGAAAACGACAAGAAACGACAACAGUUCUCGUUUCGGCAAGUAUAUCGAGAUUCAAUUUGAUAAACAAUGCAAUAUUGUUGGAGCCAAGAUUCGAACGUAUCUGUUGGAACGGUCUCGUCUGAUUUUCCAACCCGAGACCGAGCGUAACUAUCACAUCUUCUAUCAGCUCUGUGCUGGUGCUCCAUCCACUGAACGCAAGGAAUUGGAUUUGAAGAGUUGGACGGAUUUUCAUUAUUUGAACCAAAGCGGAACAGGCGAAAUCCCAGGCGUCAAUGAUACUGAAGAAUUUGAACUCACGCAAAAAUCGCUCUCCUUGGUGGGCAUUUCCGUACAGACCCAAUGGCAGAUUUUCCGCCUUCUGGCCGCUUUACUGCAUAUCGGCAACAUUGAAAUUGGGGGUCGAAAUGAUGCAGCUCUCAGUGAGGAUGAACCGUCGCUAAUGAAAGCGACACGCCUUUUGGGCAUCCAAGCUAGUGAAUUCAAAAAAUGGAUUGUCCGUAAACAAAUUGUCACUCGGUCCGAGAAAAUCGUCACCAAUUUGAGCCCGACUCAAGCUCAGGUCGUCCGUGAUUCGGUGGCCAAGUACAUUUAUGCCAAUUUGUUUGAAUGGCUCGUCAGCGUCGUCAAUGACAGUUUGUCUUGCCAACAGCCCGAAACCGUCGCCACUUUUAUCGGUGUGCUGGAUAUCUAUGGUUUCGAACAUUUCAAGAAGAACUCCUUUGAACAGUUUUGUAUUAAUUAUGCCAACGAGAAGCUUCAGCAACAGUUCAAUCAGCAUGUGUUUAAACUGGAGCAAGAAGAAUAUGUUCGCGAAAAAAUCGAUUGGAAGUUUAUCGAGUUUAGCGAUAACCAAAAGUGCAUUGAAAUGAUUGAAGCCAAAAUGGGUAUCCUGUCGCUGUUGGAUGAGGAAUCACGUCUACCUUCAGGAACCGAUCAAGGCUUUUGUAACAAACUAUACCAAGCUUUCAGCGCACCUACUUACCAGGAUUAUUUCAAAAAGCCUCGAUUUUCAAAUGAAGCGUUCACAGUGGUUCAUUACGCACACGAUGUGCAAUAUGAAGCUGAAGGGUUCAUUGACAAGAACAAGGAUACGGUUCCUGAAGAACAUUUAACUCUUUUGCAAAACUCGCAAUCCUCCUUUUUGGUGGAUCUGAUCCAAACAGCCACAAGCUCUACCGGCCCUAUCGCCCCAGCCGAGACACCCAAAAAAUCCGUCAAUGCGGCCAAGAAGCCGACCCUUGGUUCCAUCUUCAAACUUUCUUUGAUCAACCUGAUGGAUACCAUUGGUCAAACCAACGUGCAUUACAUUCGUUGUAUCAAGCCCAAUGAAGCCAAAGUGGCCUGGGUAUUUGAACCCAACAUGGUACUUUCGCAGUUACGAGCUUGUGGUGUGCUGGAAACCAUUCGCAUCAGCUGUGCCGGGUAUCCUUCGCGAUGGACGUUUGAAGAAUUUGCUGACAGAUAUUAUGCACUUGUUAAAUCAAAGUAUUGGGAUUCCAAAGAAAAUGCCGAUCCCAAACGAUUGUGCUCGGCCAUCCUGGAUACCUAUAUUAAUGACGCUGAUAAAUAUCAGAUUGGUCUCACCAAGAUUUUCUUCCGCGCUGGACAGCUGGCUUACAUGGAAAAACUGCGAGCGGACCGUUGGAAUCAGUGUGCAAUUCUUAUUCAAAAGAACAUGCGUCGCUACAUUGUGCGUGCACGUUACUUGCGUAUGAAAGAACUCGCAAUUGGAUUGCAGCAGAUUGCACGCAAGAAAAUGGGCCAACGCAAAUUAGAGUUGCUGCGUCAGGAGAAAGCGGCCAUUGUCAUUCAAAAGAACUGGAGACGAUAUACGGUUCGAAAGGACUAUCUGCGACAACGUGCAAGAAUCGUGGCCAUUCAAGCUGCAAUUCGAGGUCUCAUUGCUCGUAAACGAUAUGCUUUGAUUCGUCAGCAUAAUGCGGCUGUGCAAAUUCAAAGACUUGUUCGCGGUUGGGUGGUGCGAAAGCGAUAUCAUGCUCAACGAAAUCACAUUAUUCGCAUUCAAACAUGUGUUCGUCGUCGCAUUGCUCGUCGUCAAUUGAUGGGAUUGCGCGCCGAGGCCCGUUCUGUGAGUCACUUCAAGGAAGUGUCUUACAAACUGGAGAACAAGGUGGUGGAAUUGACUCAGAGUCUGAACAAGCAAAAGGAUGAAAAGUUCCAACUCCGCAGCAAAGCGUCGCAGCUUGAACAGCAGGUGCGUACAUGGAUUGACAAGUACGACAAGCUGGAUCGAAAAGCCAAGGACUUGGAAGGCGUGAUUGGCAAACCUACCGAGGUCGAAGAGGGAUGGUCCAAGUUACAGCACGAGCGUGACAGUCUUCAGGAAGAGUACAUCACAUCGUUGACCAAACUGAAACAGCAAGAUAAGGAAAUCGCCCGAUUGAGCGAAGAAUUAACGCGACAAAAGGAUGAAGUAUCGAAAUUACGAGAAACAUCGCAAUCCAUCGUGGACACGACCGAGGUGCCUAAUAUGAGCGAGUUGAAGCAACAGAUUUCGACGCUCAAAUCGCAGUUGUCUCAGACCCUCAACAAGACCCGCAAGCAGCAUGUAUCACGUCACAUUCCUUCAAGACCUUGGUCCAACCGUGAACGUCGACGUGGCGUGUCGCCCGAUCGUCACAACACGCACAAUCGACAUCACCGAAAGAGCAAAUCGGUUUCGGGCGAACAAAACGAAAACGCUGAAGAAACCGAGAUGUGCACGGAGAAACAAGUGGAAGAACUGGAAGUGGCUGAUAUUACUGGUUCGCCUGAAGAAAUCAUGCAUGCCAUUUUCAAGGAAGAGAUGGUCCUGCAGAGGGAAAUCGUGGAAACGGUGGUCAAAUCGAUCAAUUUUGCUACCCUUAGCCCUCCGAAUUCUCUGGCACGAAAGGAUCUCUUCUAUCCAUCUCACACCAUCGCGAUCAUCAGUAUCGAGAUGUGUCGUUAUGGAUACGUGGCUGCUGCUGAAAGAUUGCUCUUGGCUGUCAUGGAUGCGAUUGAUGAUGUUUGUGUGGACAACGAGGGCGAAGAAGCGAUUGUGCCUUGUCUGUACUGGCUGUCGAAUAUCCAUGAGCUGUAUUCUCUUAUUAUUUCUUUGGGACGUCAACUGGAGAAGGAGAUGCAAGGCAACAAGCGUGGUUCGACGGAUGCAGAAUGGCACGAGAUUGAAAAGACGCUGGAGAACCUCAAGUACGACUUGCAAAGCUUGGAAGACCAUGUGUUUAAUCACGUGGCCAGUGAACUGAAGAAGAAACUCAGUAAGAUGGUGAUCCCGGCCAUUGUGGAGAGUCAGUUAUUACCGGGAUUUAAUGCGACCGAGUCUGGACGGUUCCAUGGCAAGAGUCUUGGCGGAACUCAGCCGGCGUAUACCAUGGAGGAUGUGUUGCACCUUUUCAACACCAGUUACGCGACCAUGAAACGCUAUGAAAUUGAACAAGCCAUUUCCGAGCAACUGCUGACGGAAUUAUUGAAGUAUAUUGGUGUCAGUACCUUUAAUGAUGUGGUGAUGCGGCGCAACUUUAACUCGUGGAAACGAGCGAUGCAAAUUCAGUAUAACCUGACGGUAUUGGAGGAUUGGUGUAAAUCCCACGAAAUGGCGGAUGCCACGUUGCAGCUAGAACAUUUGAUGCAAGCUACCAAACUGCUUCAACUGAAAAAGGCCACUUUGGAUGAUAUCAAGAUCAUUUACGAUGUGUGCUGGAUGUUGACGCCUGUGCAGGUUCAAAAGCUGGUUCAGAACUAUGCGGCCGCCGAUUAUGAAGAUCCUAUCAGUCACGAUAUCAUGCGAGCCGUCGUGUCGCGAGUGAAUAACGGUGAUAAGGCCGAUUCCAUAUUGUUGGACCAGGUGUCGUUGGACGAUUGCGCUUACGAAGUAACAGAAGCUCGUGAUGUGAAUACUGAGUAUUACGUGCCCGACAAUGUAAGUGUGCAAUUAUAGGUGAGAGGGGGGACCCAUUGAAUACUAAAAUGUAAUUUAUUUUACUAUAGUUGCAUCUGCGCCGUGUUUCGCAAGUAAUUAGUCUAGUUUCCCAAGAGACUCCGUAGUAGAAAAUAAAAAUAAAAAAGAUGAAAAAAAGGAAGAAAGCUUACUUGCAAUAAAUCAAAGUGUAACCAAGCUCAAAAGUCAUCGACUGCUUUAUUGGUGAACAUGUU